AAUCUUCUGACUAUUGCUUUUCAAUUUCCCAGGUGAGUGAUCUCUCCAAACAUGCCACAAGGAACGCUUGAAGUUCUUCUCGUUACUGCCAAAGACCUCAACAACACCGAUUUUUUCUCCAAGAUGGAUCCCUUUGUCAUUCUAACUUGCCGGACUCAGGAACAGAGAAGCACUGUAUCAUCAGGUCAAGGAUCUGAACCACAAUGGAACGAGAACUUCGUUUUCACAAUCAGUGACGGUGCCUCAGAACUCAAUCUGAAGAUAAUGGACAAAGAUACUUUCACUAAGGAUGAUUUUGUAGGAGAAGCUACCAUUCCUUUAGAGCCAGUGUUCAUGGAAGGAAGUCUCCGGCCAACUGCAUACAGUGUUGUCAAGGACGGAGAAUAUUGUGGAGAAAUCAGAGUUGGCCUGACUUUCACCCCCGAGAGCGAGAGUUGUCAAGGACAGCGGUACUGUGAAGAGGAGGUGAACUAUGGUGGAUGGAAGGAACCAUCAAGGGAAGAGGAGACCUAUGGUGAAUGGAGAGAAUCCUCAAUGGAGGUGAAAUACGGUGGAUGGAAAGAAUCAUCAAGAGAAGAGAAAAGCUAUGGUGGAUGGAAAGAAUCAUCAAGGGAAGAGGAGAGUUAUGGGGGAUGGAAAGAAUCCACUUUCCAGGAUUGACCUUCCUACCAUUUUGCUAGUUUUUAUAAUACCUUAUGUUUUGCAGUGUGACUGUGUGAGGUUUGUUUAAAUUGAACCGGCUGAUGAUGGAAUGA